UCCGAUCAGAGUGUGGAGAACUAGCCACGCCCGCGCGCCCACCCCCACCCGUUGCACCGCAAGCCGAGAGCUCGGAAACGGUCGCGGGAAGCGAGGCAAGGCGACGAACAAACGUUACAAUUACGCCAAACAAACCGCCGCACCAAUCCCUCCCCACCGUCCACGCCCCCGCGUCUCCUUCAAAUCCGGCGGCCCUCUCGCCGCGCGCCGCUCUAUAUAGCCCUCCACGCGCCCCGCAUGCACGCGAGUAGUAGUCUUUCUCGCACAAGCCAGCCGAACCGCAAGCAAAUCGACCAGAGGGCGAGUCGCCGCGAUCGGUAGAGAAGGGGAUCGCGGACGUAUAGAAUCGAAUCCAUCCGGCUGCCAAUCGAUGGAGAUGAAGGUGUCCGGCCCAGGCGAGGCGGCGCCGGGAGCGGGCGCCGGGUGCAAGAAGCAGCGGCCGAGCCGGCUCCAGAAGCACGCUCCCGCGUCUCUGCAGCUGGAGCAUGCCGCCGGGGCGGGGCCGGGGCCCGCGGCGUGGGGCGACGGGAGGGCGCCGAUACCGCUCCUGUCGCCUCUCGUCGUGUCGCCCACGGCGCCGCUGGUCUGGGAGGCCGACCAGGGCGGGGCUGACAGGAGGGAGGGAGGAGGAGGGGAGCAGCAGCGUGGCGCAGCCCGGCACGGCGGCAACGUGGAGCGGCAGGAGCACGACGCCCCCCCUAAGCCGCCGCCGCCCGCACCCGGCGCGGGGUGGCGGCACCCGGCGCUGCCGACGCCGGCGGCGGUGCCGGCAUCCCUCGUGCCGCUCUUCCAGUCGCAGUGCGCGGUGGAGGUGCGCAACGCGCAGCAAUGAGGAGAGCCCUUGCUUAACCGGGUAACGAGGACCCAAACCGCCGACGCCGUAGCUCGCAUGCACGCGCGCGCUCUCGUCGUCGCGUGCUGCCUCACAUCAUUGUGAUAUGCUUUGCCUUUGUGCAACUAGUUGUUACUCUUCUCUAGCUUGCUCUGCAUAAAAUGUGGUUGCGGCUCUGUGUAUAUGGCUACCCUCUCGAUCUCGAUCGGUUCGAGCGAUGGUCUGAUGUCCCUUGGAAAUGGCUUGCCUAGCUAAGUCACCAGCCAUUCUUGACAUGAUCUAAUAAAGCAUCGGCAUU